AUGGGCAAGGGGAAGCAGCAGCAGCAGCAGUCUCCAGGCAGCAAAGACAAUGAAGACGACGGUGACGAAUUGGCAGGUUCCACCUUGGAAGAUUACUUUGCCACACACAAAGUCAGUGGCCAGGUAUCACAGCAUUUGCUCAAUAUCCCAGCGCAGAACAAUCAAGAGAACUACGAGGACGACUACGAGUCCGAGCCAUCCAGUCCAAAGCCAAACCCUCCAUCGGACGUGGCUGGUAUGUCUCUCAGUGACUAUCUCCACGUCAAAGAGGACGACGGCGCACAAGAGAAAUUAUCCAGAGCAGGAUCUCUGCGAGUGUUGGCGCCUCAGCUCGCUAAGAAACCCGCUCCAAUAUCCGACGUCAGUGGCAUGUCGCUGGACCAUUAUUUAGGUGCUUCACAGUCGCAGGAGAAUGGACACACAGCAGCUGAGAAGAAGCCAUCUCCAAAAGUCAAGCGGGCCGGUAGCAAGUCCAAGCAAAGUUUCCCCCAAGCCAAGCAGCCAUUUUCAGAAACGCCCUUCCAACGACGUCAGCGGCGGAAAGAUAAAGCCAAACUCAAGCAGCAACGGAACGCAGGGAGCGGGUCUUCAGUCUCCAAAGCGAUCUUGAUGGCUGAAGCUCCGACAGGUCAGUCCGUGCGAGACCGAGAGAAGCGGAAAAGCUCGUUGGCCGCACAUCAUCCUGGCCAUCACGGUUCCCACUCAUCCGCCUCGACUUUCCAGCCUCCAUUGCCCAAACUGGGUGGGUCUCCAUCCGUGCAUAAUCUGAGUCACAAGGAUCACGAUGUCGAUAAACCCGAUAAACUCCCCCCUUUAUAG